AAGGAGUGGAUCCCCGUCACCAAGCUGGGCUGCCUGGUCAAGGACAUGAAGAUCAAGUCCCUGGAGGAGAUCUAUCUCUUCUCCCUGCCCAUCAAGGAGUCUGAGAUCAUCGACUUCUUCCUGGGAGCCUCCCUCAAGGACGAGGUCUUGAAGAUCAUGCCUGUGCAGAAGCAGACACGCGCCGGCCAGCGGACCAGGUUCAAGGCAUUCGUCGCCAUCGGAGAUUACAAUGGACACGUCGGUUUGGGUGUCAAGUGCUCCAAGGAGGUAGCCACUGCCAUCCGCGGAGCCAUCAUUCUGGCGAAGCUUUCCAUCGUCCCUGUGCGGCGAGGCUACUGGGGGAAUAAGAUCGGCAAGCCCCACACUGUCCCGUGCAAGGUGACUGGCCGCUGUGGCUCUGUGCUGGUGCGUCUCAUCCCCGCCCCCAGAGGUACUGGCAUUGUCUCGGCCCCUGUGCCCAAGAAACUGCUGAUGAUGGCCGGUAUUGACGACUGCUACACCUCAGCCAGGGGCUGCACUGCCACCCUGGGGAACUUUGCCAAGGCUACUUUGGAUGCCAUCUCCAAGACCUACAGCUAUCUCACCCCUGAUCUCUGGAAGGAGACUGUGUUCACCAAGUCUCCCUAUCAGGAGUUCACGGACCAUCUUGUGAAGACCCACACCAGAGUCUCUGUGUAGAGGACCCAGGCUCCAGCUGUGGCU